AUGGUAUUGGUCAAUGGCUCGGGUCCGGGCUCAGGUCCUACGCGGAUCACAAUCUUGGGCAAGGACGACAUUGUCGUUGACCAUGGUAUCUGGCUUGACUUUGUGACUCAUGACCUACUCCAGAACCUCAAGACGUCGACUUAUGUCCUGAUCACCGACACGAAUCUCUUCGAUACCUACGUCCCUCCGUUCGAGAAGGUGUUCAAUGACGCUGCGCCCGCGACGACACGUCUGCUCACCUACGCCAUCCCGCCGGGCGAGGUCUCCAAGAGCCGACACACGAAGGCGGCCAUUGAGGACUGGAUGCUGUCGCAAAAAUGUACCCGGGAUACCGUCAUUAUUGCGCUCGGUGGAGGGGUUAUUGGCGACAUGAUCGGCUAUGUUGCUGCCACCUUCAUGCGAGGCAUUCGCUUCGUCCAGGUACCGACGACGUUGCUUUCCAUGGUUGACUCAUCCAUUGGCGGCAAGACAGCGAUUGACACGCCGAUGGGGAAAAACCUCAUUGGGGCUUUCUGGCAACCUCUCCGAAUCUACAUUGACCUAGCUUUCCUCGAGACACUGCCUAGGCGCGAGUUCAUCAACGGAAUGGCCGAGGUUAUCAAGACUGCCGCAAUCUGGGACGAGGACGAGUUCACCGCCCUCGAGACCAACGCUUCCGCUAUUCUGGCUGCAAUCAAGUCUGACGGGGAGCCACUCCAAAGAUUGUCUCCGAUUCGCGAUAUCCUCAAGCGGAUAGUCCUCGGCUCCGCACGGGUGAAGGCCCAAGUAGUCUCUAGUGACGAGAGGGAAGGUGGGCUUCGCAACUUACUCAACUUUGGUCACUCCAUUGGACACGCUUUCGAGGCACUUCUCACUCCUCAACUUCUGCACGGCGAGGCUGUCGCCAUUGGGAUGGUCAAGGAGGCGGAGCUUGCCCGCUACCUUGGCAUUCUCCGACCCGGAGCAGUGGCCCGCCUUGUCAAGUGCAUCGCCAGCUACGAUCUGCCCACUACAUUGCAUGACAAGCGGGUUGUCAAGUUGACGGCGGGCAAGAAAUGCCCUGUUGACGUUCUUUUGGACAAGAUGGCCGUGGACAAAAAGAAUGACGGCACCAAGAAAAAGAUUGUGCUCCUCUCGGCAAUUGGGAAGACAUACGAGCAAAAAGCUAGCGUGGUUGAGGAUCGCGCAAUUAGAGUCGUUCUGUCGCCUGCGACUCAAGUUUUCCCCGGCGUACCCCAGGCUCACAGCACGACGGUGACACCUCCAGGGUCCAAGAGCAUUUCAAAUCGUGCGCUUGUCCUGGCUGCCUUGGGCCAGGGAACUUGCCGAAUCAAGAAUCUGCUGCACUCUGAUGAUACCGAGUACAUGCUGUCGGCUCUUUCGAAGCUGGGAGGCGCGACCUACGCCUGGGAAGAGGCUGGCGAAGUCCUCGCUGUCGAGGGUAAGGGUGGGAAGCUCAACGCUAGCAAGGACGCAUUGUAUCUUGGCAACGCUGGCACCGCUUCCCGCUUUUUGACUACCGUCGUGGCCUUGUGCGCCCCUUCCGACGUCUCGUCGACGGUAUUGACAGGGAACGCCCGCAUGAAGGUCCGUCCCAUCGGACCUCUUGUUGACGCCCUCAGAGCCAACGGUCUGAGUAUUAAGUACCUGGGCCAGGAGAAGAGUCUGCCUCUGCAAGUCGAUGCCGCCGCCGGGUUCGAGGGCGGCCUCAUCGAACUAGCGGCAACCAUUUCGUCUCAGUAUGUUUCUUCCAUCCUGAUGGCUGCUCCAUACGCCAAGAAACCCGUCACGCUGCGCCUCGUGGGUGGAAAGCCUAUUUCACAACCUUACAUCGACAUGACCAUCUCGAUGAUGCGCACUUUUGGUGUCGACGUGACGAGAUCCAGCGAUGAGCCCAACACCUACCAUAUUCCCAAAGCCGUUUACCAAAACCCGGCCGAGUAUGUCGUCGAGAGCGAUGCCAGCUCCGCAACUUACCCUCUAGCUAUUGCUGCCAUCACCGGAACGACCUGCACCGUGCCCAAUAUUGGCUCUGAGUCCCUCCAGGGAGAUUCUCGUUUCGCCGUUGAUGUCCUGAGACCCAUGGGCUGCACUGUCGAGCAGACGGGCACUUCUACGACCGUCACUGGGCCAGUUAUUGGCAGCCUAAAGGCCAUCGAGCACGUCGACAUGGAGCCCAUGACGGACGCCUUCCUCACAGCGUCCGUUCUGGCAGCCGUGGCUUCAGGAACGACCAAGAUCAGUGGUAUCGCCAACCAGAGAGUCAAGGAAUGCAACCGCAUCGGCGCCAUGCGCGAGCAACUCGCCAAAUUCGGUGUCGAGACCGACGAAUUUGAUGACGGAAUCAUCGUCACUGGACGUCCGUACCAAAACCUUCAACAGCCUGCCGAAGGUGUGUUCUGCUACGACGACCACCGUGUAGCGAUGAGCUUCAGUGUGUUGUCAACUAUAUCGCCGAAGCCGGUCACGAUCCUCGAAAGGGAAUGUACUGGAAAGACAUGGCCUGGCUGGUGGGACACCAUGGCGCAGUUGUUCGACAUCGAGCUGGACGGCGUCGACCAGCAUCCCGACACGGUGCAUUCAGCACCUCGCAAAUCCCGCAAGAAUAAAUCCGUCUUCGUGAUCGGCAUGCGUGGGGCUGGUAAGACGACUGCAGGGAGGUGGAUGGCAGACACGUUACAGCGUCCCUUCAUCGACCUAGACGAGGAGCUGGAGCGUCGGGCUGGUAUGACUAUUCCUGAGAUGAUCAGAGGCUCAAGAGGUUGGGAAGGUUUCAGAAAAGAUGAGGUGGAUCUCCUUCGAGACGUUAUGGAGAAGCAGAGCGAUGGCCACAUCUUUUCGUGUGGUGGAGGCAUCGUCGAAACGCCUGAGGCUCGCAGACUUCUGACUGCCUACUGCGACAAUAACGGCAGCGUCUUGCUUGUUCAUCGCAACACCAAAGAGGUCGUUGACUACCUGCUCCAGGAUAAGACAAGACCGGCCUACCGAGAGGAUAUCGAAGAAGUCUACUACCGUCGCAAACCAUUCUUCGAGGAAUGCAGCAACUUCGAGUACUUCAGUCCUCAUCCUCCUGGCACAGCAGCGACCCGUGAACCACCAUUGGACUUCCGCCGCUUCGUUAACGCCUUAUUCGGCGAGAACAUUCAAGUGACCAAAGCGCUGUCCAAGAAUCCUAGCUUCUUCGUGUCGCUCACCGUGUCGGAAGUUGCGUCGGCUUUAUCUCUGAUACCAGCCGUUGUUGUAGGCUCGGAUGCGGUCGAGCUUCGCGUGGACUUGCUGCAAGAUUAUUCACCAGAGUUUGUGGCUCAUCAAGUGGCUCUUCUGAGAUCUGUCGCGGACGUCCCCAUCAUCUUUACGUUGCGGACAAAGGCUCAAGGAGGCAAAUUCCCUGAUGACGCCUACGACCAAGCUCUUAGCCUCUAUCAAAAGGCCAUUCGCAUGGGCGUCGAGUUCAUCGACGUAGAGAUGACGCUUCCGGAGAGCAUGAUCCAGGCCGUGGUGGACAAUAAGGGACGAUCCCGUAUCAUCGCCUCUCACCACGACCCGCAAGGAAACCUCUCUUGGAGCAAUGGUUCCUGGACGCCGUUUUACAACAAGGCAUUGCAAUAUGGAGACGUUAUCAAACUCGUCGGCGUUGCCCGUCGCAUUGAGGACAACUACGACUUGGCCCGCUUCAAAUCCGAGAUGCUCGCAUCUCACAGCACCCCGAUCAUUGCGCUCAAUAUGGGGGCCGCGGGUAAGCUGAGUCGCGUUCUCAACGGCUGCCUUACACCGGUAGCUCACCCCGCCCUGCCCUUCAAAGCAGCUCCAGGCCAGUUGUCAGCUGCUGAAAUACGGCAAGCACUGUCUCUCCUCGGUACGAUCGAUCCGAAGUCCUUCUACCUCUUUGGCAAGCCCAUUUCGGCAUCGCGGUCGCCCGCUCUGCACAACGGUCUUUUCGAGUUGGUUGGGUUGCCGCACAAAUACUGUCGCAAGGAGACUGAUGUGGCGGCUGACGUCCGCGAGAUCAUCCGAGCUCCAGACUUCGGUGGCGCCUCUGUCACAAUCCCUCUGAAGCUCGACAUCAUGAAGGAGCUUGACGAUAUUUCGGAGGCUGCUCGCGUCCUCGGGGCUGUCAACACCAUUAUCCCCGUGCGCACCGAUGACGGUAAUACCAAGCUGCUUGGCGAGAACACGGACUGGUUGGGCAUGGUCCAUGCUCUGCAGUCAGUGGGAACGGCGUCUCGCUCCCCUUCAGGUGUCCCAAAUGCCGCCAUGGUCAUUGGUUCGGGAGGAACGACAAGAGCUGCUAUCUUCGCCCUCCAUUCACUGGGCUUCGGACCCAUCUACGCGCUUGCUCGCAAUACUAGCGGACUCGAGUCGCUCAAGGCCUCGUUCCCCCCUGAGUUCCCCAUCGAGGCGCUCAAGAACGCUGACCAAGUGUCCACGCUGGCAGUUCCUCCGACUGUCAUUGUCAGCACGAUUCCCGCGGACAAACCCAUCGACCCUUCACUACGGGAAACGCUCAUGGCGGUACUCCGUCGAGAGAUCGAGACUGAAGGACCCCGGGUCCUUCUCGAGAUGGCUUAUCAGCCCCGUCAUACUCCGCUGAUGCAACUCGCUGAAGAUGCCGGAUGGGCGACCAUCCCCGGCUUGGAGGUUCUCGCCGCCCAGGGUUGGUAUCAGUUCCAAAAAUGGACGGACAUCAUCCCUCAGUAUCGGACCGCUCGCGAAGCUGUGCUAGGCGACGAGGCCGCAGAAAACAUCGUUCCUAAGGCAUAA